AUGGCUGCAACACUUGAGACUCGCGAGAUUUCAGCUCCACGAGUUGGAAAAUUUAAUAUCCACAUUCAGGGAAAUUUGAAACAAUGCCAGUUUGUAAUCAUGACAGUUCAUGAUUUGGGAUGCAAUUAUGCUACAUGGAAACAAUUUAUUGACCAGCCCUGCAUGGAAGAGAUUCGCAAACGUGCUGCUUUUAUUCAUGUGGAUAUUCCUGGCCAAGAGGAUGGUGCAGCAGAUCUGCCAUCUGACUACACAUUUCCUUCAAUGCAAACUCUUGGCGAGGAUCUUGUAUGCAUUCUUGAUCAAUUAGAGGUUAAACAAGUGGUUGCAAUUGGUGAAGGUGCAGGAGCCAAUAUUAUUGUUAGAUUUGCUAUGGUUCAUCCUGGAAGAGCACAGGGUAUAUGUCUUAUUCAUUGCACAGGAACCACUGCUGGAUUUAUGGAAUCUCUUAAAGAUAAGGUGAUGAACUGGAAAUUAGACCACAUAGGUAUGAACCCCACUGCAGAAUCCUACUUGAUGUUGCAUCGAUUUGGCUCGUUUGAAAAAGCUCAAAAUAAAGAACAGCUGGAAUUAGCCACUGAAACUUUCCUGGAAAAUUUACGUUCAAAGAUCAACCCCAGAAAUCUCAAGAAAUUUGUUGAAGCCUUCAUGAACCGAAAUAGUCUUACUGAAAAUAUUGGUAAAGUUGCUUGCUCUUGCUUGAUGGUGACUGGUUCCAAGGCCUCCUUCAACCAUACUGUGCAUACAUUGUACCAGGCAAUGAUGAACAAAAUUGGCAAUAGGAAACUUUUAGAUCUUCUUGAGAUUGAUGGUGUAGCCAAUGUAGUGGCUGAAAGACCUGAAGAAUUGGCAGAGAGUUUUCUGUAUAUGAUUCAAGGACUUGGUAUGAUGGGUGCAGUUCCUAUGCCCCGUGUCCAGCGUUCAGCCUCUCAAGAUGGACCCAUUCCUCUCCGUGGACGUAGUAUGUCAAUGGAAGAAGCUGACCAGCCUCGUGGCAUUUAUUCUACCAGUCCUCCUCGGGUUACAACUCAUCACUAA